GAGUUUCGCUCUUGUUACCAAGGCUGGAGUGCAAUGGCGUGAUCUCGGCUCACCACACCUCUGCCUCCUGGGUUCAGGCAAUUCUCCUGCCUCAGCCUCCUGAAUAGCUGGGAUUACAGGCACACGCCACUAUGCCCAGCUAAUUUUUUGUAUUUUUCGUAGAGACGGGGUUUCACCAUGUUGACCAGGAUGGUCUCGAUCUCUUGACCUCAUGAUCCAUCAGCCUCGGCCUCCCAAAGUGCUGGAAUUACAGGCUUGAGUCACCGUGCCUGGCUGAUAUAUAGCUUUCAAAAGAGGCAAAACUAAAACUAAAACUGUUUAAGGAUGCACACUUAAGCCAGGUGUUAAAAUAUCUAACAGAGAUUGAGAGAUUCAUUAACUCCCUCAUGUCAUAAUGUAAUGAAUCUUGUGUACCCUUUCUGUUUUCAUUCAUUUUUUUUUCCUGUUAGAAACCAUAAUUUAAAUUUCUCUUAAGUAGCUGUGAUUGUAUAGCACCUGGGACAUAAAAUAUUGAGCACAAAUGGGAAAUCAAACUCUGGGUAAUGAGCAUGAGACAGUAUCAGAAGACAAGUUCUAGUUCUUACAUUGCCAUGAAUAGCUGUGUGAACUGGGCAAGUGACUUUAUCACUUGGGGCCUUAGUUUCUUCAUCUGUAUUUUUAAAAAGUGGAGGGUGGGUGAGAAGGAGACUGGAUCUCAUUUUUCCAAAAUGCCUUAUCAUUCUUCAACAUUCUGUGAUCGUAAAGGAAACUCUCAACAAAUAUCUCCUAUAUUUCUAUUAGGCACAAUUCUAUUGAGAAUGACACAAUUCUCAAUAUGUGUAAGCAAUCUUAUUUUAGAUCCUUUAAAAUCCAAAACCAAAUAUUUGUCUUCAUUUGAUUUAUUCAUUAUAUAAUCCAGGAAGCAGAGUAGUGUGCUGUUUAACAGCAUACACUUGGGAAUCAGAAAAAAUUAAAUUGAGUUUUAUUUCUAAUAUUUGCUAGGUAGGGGACCUUGACAGAAUCGCACUUAUCCUUUGUUUUUUUUUUUUUUUAAUGUCUACAUCAUACAGUUGUUGCAAGUAUUAAAUAAUGCCUGUAAAUCACUUGUCAUAGUGUCAGUACAUAGAAAUCACAUCCAACAAAUGGUACUGCCAUUAUAAUCAUAGGUGACAAGUCGGCUGCUUCCUUUGUGCACAUGUAUACACAUAUUUUGGAGGGGAGCAUAUACGUAGAAGUAGCAUUGAAAGCAUAGCGCAAAUCAAGAGGCCAGUUGGCUUAGUCCUCUGUCAGUGUACCUACUGGACCUCAAGUUUCUGAAGGAGAAUGUCUGUCUGUUCCCUUUCCUUUUCCUACUGACCACUUCCUCUGCGUUCUCCUGCUCCCUCCCUCAUAUAUGUGGCUUGGGCUUCCGAAGACCCUACAGGAUUCUUGUGCUUCUUUCUUGGUUUGUGGAUGGACUGCAGAGAGCGCAGAUGUAACUUAAACUUGUUGCUCUUUGCCCACUGCUUCAGUGGCUCCAGACGGUUAGCAGAUAGAAUGACUUCAGCUUGAACAACUAAUCUCAUUGGUUUCUCAAUUCCCAAAGGCUUUAUUUUUCUGUAAAGGGAAUUAACAGGAGAGACUGUUGUUGCUUUGGCAACAGACUUUCAACCUCUACCCAACUCUCCGGAAUGAGAACAUAUCUAUUAAUACAUUAGCUAGACUAGGGAGUUGAGUCGCUCAAUGCAAAUUUUCUUUCAAGUGCAAAACAGCUUAACCGGCUCGGCUAGGCUUUGGGGGUGCUGCGGUUAGAAGCUAGUGAAGCAGAGAGCAGCUGUUGCAGUAACCUGUUGGAGCAAAGUGAAAGUAUAUCUGCAACAGCUGGCUUCGAUUGCAGAGAGCGCGCUUGUGAGAACCGAUGGCGGGUGCGCGCAGAAAAUCUUUGCAAAGCAGGCAAGUGGGAUCUCUUCUCAUUUUUCUGUGCCUAUUUGUGGGGGGUGCGACAACUAUCCGCUAUUCAGUGGCAGAGGAAAUGGAGAGCGGCUCGUUUGUGGCCAACGUAGCUAAGGACCUAGGACUGGAGGUAGGGAAGCUGGCCGCGCGCGGGGCGCGGCUGGUUUCCGACAGCAACAAAAUGCAUUUCCGGCUCCACCGCAAGACCGGAGAUUUGUUCGUGAAGGAGAAACUGGACCGGGAGUCACUUUGUGGCAAAGCCGACCCGUGCGUUCUGCGCUUUGAAAUAGUCCUGGUGGAGCCUCUGCAGUCCUUCCGUGCCGAGGUCAGGGUAUUUGAUAUCAAUGACAAUGCCCCAGUUUUCCUAAACAAGGAGCCUCUUUUAAAGAUUCCAGAGAGCACUCCCUUGGGUUCACGUUUUCCUCUGCAGAGCGCCCAGGAUCUGGACGUGGGCCUCAACGGCCUCCAAAACUACACCCUGAGUGCCAACGCAUAUUUCCACCUGCACACCCGCUUCCGCAGCCACGGGCCUAAAUAUGCUGAGCUGGUGCUGAACAAACCCCUGGACCGAGAGGAGCAGCCUGAAGUCAACCUGACGAUUACGGCGGUAGACGGCGGGUCUCCGCCCAAGUCUGGCACCGCUCACAUCCGCGUGGUGGUUCUGGACGUUAACGACCACGUGCCCCAGUUCUCGCGACCGGUGUAUCGAGCCCAGGUCCCAGAGAACAGCCCCAAUGGCUCUUUGGUGGCCAUGGUGACUGCCAUGGACCUAGACGAGGGCACCAACAAAGCAAUAACUUACUCUUUAGCUCAAAACCCAGAAGCAAUUCUCCAGACGUUUCAGAUGGACUCUCAAACUGGAGAGGUUCGACUAAGAGGACCUCUAGAUUUUGAAGCCGUUGAAACAUACGACAUUGACGUUCAAGCUACAGAUGGUGGAGGCCUUUCCACCCAUAGCAAAGUCCUGGUAGAAGUGGUGGAUGUUAAUGACAAUCCUCCCGAAGUGAUGGUCUCCUCUGUGUCCAGCCCGCUCCCUGAGGACUCACCACCACAGACAGUAGUAGCCCUUUUCACUAUCAGAGACCGGGACAUUCGAAUGGGAGGAAAAGUCGCCUGCUUCCUCAGAAGAGAUCUUCCCUUUGCAGUCAAACAUACAUUUGGGAAUUCUUACUCGCUGGUCACUGAUAGAAGCUUGGAUCGGGAGGAGGUCUCAGGCUAUAAUAUCACCCUUGUUGCCAAGGAUACUGGACCACCUAGCUUGUCCACUGAGACUGUGAUAGAGGUGCUAAUAUCUGAUGUUAAUGACAAUCCUCCAGUAUUUCGGGAAGAUUCCUAUAUCUUGACUGUUCGAGAAAACAAUAGUCCUGCAGUUUUUAUUGGCAAAGUCCAUGCUGAGGAUCUUGAUUUGGGUGAAAAUGCCCAAAUAGCAUAUUCUCUGUUGCCUCCAAAAAGUGGAGAUCUAUCAGUCUUUGCUUACAUCUCCAUAAAUUCAGAAAAUGGGAAGCUCUAUGCACUGAGAACCAUGGAUUAUGAGGCUAUUCAAGAUUUUCAGUUUGUGGUAAAGGCCACUGAUGGGGGCUUCUUGCCACUGAGUAGCCAAGUUACUGUCAGAGUGGUUGUCCUAGAUGAUAAUGACAAUCGUCCAUUGAUCUUGUACCCACUGCAGAAUGGCACCUUGCCCUGCAAUGACCUGGUGCCCAGGUCUGCAGAGGCAGGCUACCUGGUGACCAAAGUGGUGGCUGUGGAUGGUGACUCAGGUGAGAAUUCUUGGCUUUCAUAUCAUCUACUUAAGGCCACUGACCUUGGGUUAUUUUCUGUUCAAAGACAAAAUGGAGAAAUCCAUAUGUUACGGCAGAUAUCUGAGAGAGACCCCAUGAUGCAUAAAUUGAUCAUUCUUGUUCAGGAUCAUGGCCAACCAGCUCUUUCCACUACUGUCUCACUCAAUAUCCUGCUGGUAGAUGGCUUUUCAGAGCCCUACCUGCAGUUCCAGGAUCCAUCCAAGCAUUCUACAAAGGUAAAUCCAUCCACUAAAUAUUUGGUCAUUUCUCUGGCCAUCCUUUCCUUUCUUUUUCUCCUCUCGGUCACAGUGAUCUUCAUUAUACAUGUCUACCAAAAGAUUAAAUGUAGAGAAAAGUUCACAAUUCAAGAGCAUUUCUCUGAUGACUGUAAUUUCUCUAACAAUCUGGUACAAGGACAAGGCAAUGGAUCCUUAUCCUGGCCUUGUCCCUAUGAAAUGUGUUCAGCCACUGGCACUGGCAAUAGCGAGUUUCGCUUUCUUAAGCACUUUAUGCCCAACUUCCCUUUCCCUCAUGCCACUGGAGAGAUAAAAACAGAGGCUGCCUCCAGUUUACCUCCAAAUUCUGACAGGAGUAAGCCUCAGAGAUCAGCGGACCUUGACCAGGUAUCUGAUGACUAUAUGUAGCUCCUAUUUACAGCUCUCAGUGAGAGAAGAGAAGCAGAAUUUUACACUUGACAUGCAAAGAUGUUUCAUGUUCAUUGAAACAAAAACUGGUAGUAGAUUGCAGCUUUAGUAAAGAUAAGAAUACCUAGUUUGGUGAAAAUGUGAAAACCAGAGCGAGGCUUGGCUUACUCCAUACAAAACAGUUAUCCCAAUCCCCAGAUUGUAUAUCUGUAAUCCUUUCUGCAGUUGGAAUUCUGUUUAAAGAAAUGUCACCCUCUAUAAAUGCAUAUGUGGUGGGAAUGUCUGCUUUUCCAUCUCUGUGCUAGCAAGUAAUGAAUGAGCCAUUAUUCACAUUUCCCCUAGAAGUUUGUUGGUCCUGACCCAGGAAAUGCUUAGUUCCAUAGAGAAAUCCUUUCAUUUGCCUCUAAAUUAUUUUCCGGUAGAAAGUUAUGCAUGCAUAAGGAAGAGAACUACCUUCCCUUUUUGAUAUAUUGGGAAGUGAUUAGGUUUGACAAGCAGAGAUGUAAUUUAUUAUUCAGAAAUCUCUAAAUUCUUGCCCCUGAUAAGGCAUUAUCUUUAAUCAAUACCUUGCCUACAAUCAUUCAUAAUCAGAAUCAUAGAAAUGCCUGACAUAUGGUGGUCUUCCAGAUUAAUCAUGGUGGGAGAAAGGGUGGAGAAAGAAGGAUUUCACUUAUUUGCAAAUAUGAGUAAGGGCAAAUAUAAGGAUAAGGAGAUUCAGUUUAAGAAUGUUCUCCAAAAUUAAGUUAGAUGUAGAUUUUUUAAUGAUUGUUUGGAGCCACAGGCGAGUCUCAAAUCUCCCUCCUUCACAUCCAGAUGUCUAUCUUUGCAGUCCCAGAGAGAAGCUAUUUGAAUAAAGGGAAAUGGAGGAUGGAUGAGGAUAAUAAUAAAUUAGGCUGGCCAUGGUGGCUCACGUCUGCAAUCCCAGCUCUUUGGGAGGCCAAGGCAGGUGGAUCACCUGAGGUCAGGAGCUUGAGACCAGCCUGGCCAACGGAAUGAAACCCAGUCUCUACUAAAAAUACAAAAAUUAGUCAGGCGGUGGUGGCACAUACCUGUAAUCCCAGAUACUUGAAGGCUGAGGCUGGAGAAUUGCUUGAACCCAGGAAGUGGAGGUUGCAGUGAGCUGAGAGUGUGCCACUGCGCUCCAGCCUGGGCAACAGAGUGAGACAUUCUCUUAAUUAAUUAAUUAGGCCUGCUAUAGUUAAUAGUAAAUGUUACAGAACACUCUAAACUAUUUUGUGCCAUUAAUUGUUAGACAACAUUUAUUGUAAACCAUUUUGUAAUCUGUAGGGCAAAUACAAAUAAAAACAUUAAAAUUAAAAAGUUCAUUACUAAUAAUUAAGUGGCAUUGAGGAAAGAUACAUAUUCGGGUAGUACCAGAUUUGAUUGUAAGCCAUUUUCUUCACUGAGUAAUCUGAAGUUAACACAUGCAAAGUGAGAAAAAGUGGCAUUUUUAGUAAAUAAUUCAUAAAAUGAAAUGGAGUGAGGAGACAAGUUAGGCUUCUCUUUGGUCACCACUGCUUUGCUUUCAUAAGCUAUUCUGCUUCCUCUUAUUCUAAAGUAAGCCAAUGUUAAAAUAUUAACAUAUUUCAGGGAUUUUCCGGAUACUACUAGCUGUCCCUUGAAAGUCAAAAAUUUGCUUUAGAGAAGGGCAUGGUGGCUCAUACCUGUAGCCCCAGCUACUUGGAAGUCUGAAGGAGUAGGACUGCUUGAACCCAGGAGUUCAGGGGUGCAGUAAGCUAUGAUUGCCUGCUGCACUCCAGCCUGGGUGAUAGAGUGAGACCUCAUUUCAAAAAAAAAAUGUGUGCUUUAAUGAGGCUUUAAUUAUGUGCCUUAUUUUAUACAAAUGUGUGUAAAUUCUGACUCACUAAAAUACAUCCUCUUCCUUCCUGCAUAGAAGGGCAUAAUAUUUGUACCUGGAAUUCUCAGUGUAGGGCAUUAUCUCUUAAAAUAUUUACCAAAUAUUCCAAAUCAUAUUUACUGAUAUAAACUUCAUUCUUGGUCUUAUGACUGAUACCUAAUGGCACCAACUGGCUGUUUACCUGUUGGCCAGGAAUAUCCUAAAAUUUAGUGCUGAUAUUUUUUAUUUUAUUUAUUUAUUUAUUUUUUUUGAGAUGGAGUCUUGCUCUGUCACCCAGGCUGGAGUGCAGCUCACUGCAACCUCCACCUCCUGCGUUCAAGCAAUUCUUCUGCCUCAGCCUCCUGAGUAGCUGGGACUACAGGCGCCCACCACCAUGCCCGGCUAAUUUUUGUAUUUUUUGUAGAAACAGGGUUUCACCAUAGUGGCCAGGCUGGUCUUGAACCUCUGGCCUUCUGAUCCAUGCACCUCAACCUCCUUCAAAGUGCUGGGAUUAAAGGCGUGAGCCACCACACCUGGCAUAGUGUUAUUUUUUUUUUAAAUGUUGUAGAAGCUUAGGGCAGAACUAGUGUAACCUAUGGCUACCUUCAAUGUUUUAUUUGAUAUUUUAAGAACAGAUGAAGCAAAUGCACGAUAUCAAUAAAUUGCUUUUAUUUUUAAUAUUAAGUAUUUUACAUACAUUGAGUUAUGAUUCUGCUGAUUUAGAGUAAAGGUCUUCUUACACAAAACACAGAAUAGUGUUCCAGUAUAUUUGGGCUCCAAUAGGUGAAGAUAUGCUGAAAUUUCUAUUUCCCUUAAAGGAGAAAAGAGAAUAUUUAUUUAUUUAUUCAUUUAUUUAUUUAUUGGAGAUGGAGUCUUGCUUUGUCAUCCAGGCUGGAGUAUAGUGCCAUGAUCUUGGCUCACUACAUCCUCCAUCUCCUGGAUUUAAGUGAUCCUCCUGCCUCAGCCUCCUGAGUACUGGGACUACAGAUGUGCAUUACCAUGCCCAGCUAAUUUUUGUAUUUUUAGUAGAGAAAGGGCUUCACCAUGUUGGCAUUUCACUAUAUUGGCCAGGCUGGUCUCAAGCUCCUGACCUCAGGUGAUCCACCUUCCUUGGCCUCCCAAUGUGUUGGGAUUAUAGGAGUAAGCCUCCAUGCCUAGCCUAGAAUUAGUUUUUAUAGGUAAGCAAUAAUUAGUUAAUAAAACAUGAUUAAGUAAAAGCUACUGGGUUAACUGUGUUUCAUUACACUUAAUGAUGUGAACUUAAUCAAUGAAGUCUGGCUUAAUGUCAAGGACAGGGAAAGAAAAUGAUGUAGAUUUGUGAUUUUAGGACUUUGAAUUUCAAAUAGCAGUGAAGUUCAUGAAUACACAUAUAUACACACACACAAUGGACAGAAGAUGUAGAUUUGUCAACUUUUUAUAUUUUCACAUUAAAUGAAAUGAAAUCUACCACUUCACACUACCAUUAUUCCAUAAAGAAAAUGUCACAUUAAUAUAAAAGUGGUAAGAUAAUAAUCUCGUAGAAGAAACUAUCCUUUAAAUUUUAAAAAUAUCGAUUUAAUGAAAAAUUUAUUUUACCAUAAUUUUCUUAUUUUUGCCUCUGACAGGUGAAAAUUUUGUCACUCUAAUCUCAUUUUAUUCAGACUUCAAGUUCCCAAGAAAAUUCCAAUCCUAUGUGAUAACUUAAAAUUAAGAAUAUAUCAAUUCUUAAUUGAUAUAUGAAGAAUUAUAUCAAUGUGAGAUAAGCCAUUUGUGUUAGGAGAGAACCCUACACACCAGCUGAGAUUAAGUCCAAGUCUCCAUCAGCAAAUUAAGACAAAGAAUGGAAAUAAUCAGGACAAUUACUCUCCCCAAAGUGUCAAGUGAUAUAAGAACUAUUUAUAUGUAUUCAAAUCUAUAAAACCUUGAAAAGUGUCUUGUACAAAAAGACGUUUUAUUAGAAAAUAAUUAUAAACUUAUAAAAUUGCAAAAAUACUAUAGAUAGUUCCUGUGUAUCCUUGCAUAACCUGAAUGCUAACAUCUUGCAUAACCAUAGUAGUUAACCAAAUUUAACCUUGGUUUAGUUCUAUUAAGUAAACUACAGAUCUUAUUCAUAUUUUACCAGUUUCCCCCCAAUGUUCUUUUUUUUAUUUAAGCAUCCAGUUCGGGAUCCUGCAAAGCGUUUGUUACACCUCCUUAGUCUCUAUCACCUGUGACAGUUCCUUACUCCUACCUUGUCUAUCAUGACUUGAGAUUUUUGAAGAAUACUAGCCAGUUAUUUGUAGAAUGUUCCUCAGUUUGAGAUUCUUUGUUUUCUCAUUAUUAAACUGAGGUUAUGCAUUAUUGGGAAAUAUACUGCAGAAAUGAUAUUGUGUCUUUUUCAGUGCAUCAUGUCAGCCAGUAUGUGGUGCCAAUGUCAUACUACUGGUGAUAUUAAUAUUUUUUUCUUUUAUUGUGGUUAAGAAUUUAUAAAAUGUACCAUGUUAGCCAUUUUUAAGUAUGUUAGCCAUUUUUCAGUAAUGUUAAGGUCAUGUUAAUUUUGAUUGCUUGGUUAACAUAAUGUCUGCCACAUUGCUCAACUAUACUUUUAUCUCUUUGUAAUUAAUAAAUAAUUGGGGGAAUAUACUUUGAAACUAUGCAAAUAUGUUUUUACUUAAAUCAAUUUUAGUAUUUAUUGCCAAAUAUUUCCUGUGGCAAUUAAUAGUGUGGCAUUCUAAUGGUGAUUUUCUAUUUCUCAAAUUCCUUUUACAUUAAUUAAAAUUCUUCUGGAAGGAACACUUGUUACGUCUCCCCCAGCUGAUUUAGUUAGUUGUUUCUUUAUGUAAGGACACCUGGAUAUCUCCUCUAUUAUUUGGGUUAUAAACCAAUCCUAUCAUUUAUUUUGUUGUUCAGCAAACUCUUUAUUCUGAGAUGUAGAGCAGAUUUUUAAGACUGAAAUUAUCCAUAUAGAAUACAUUUUUAUCAAAAUUAGCAUUUCUUUGUAACUCUACAUGUUAGAUUAUUUUAAACAAUCACAAAUUAAUACCAUUAAGGUUUAUUCCUGUUUUAAUUUUAAAUGAAAAUUAUAUUAACAUAAUUUAAAAUUUUAAUUAGUCAUAAAUUAAAAAAUCUGUAUAAACAAAAUUUUAAAAUUUAUUAUGCAGGCAUGUUUAUAUGUUUUGAACUGUAUAUAGAGUCACUAUUUUAAAAUAGACUUAUAUGCUGAAAUUAGACUUAAAGAUAUACAAGAAAUGGAAUUGGUCUAAUUUUAUGUAAUUCCCCCCAAAAUAAACAAUUUCUUUAUCA